UCUGGAUACAUUUACAUUAGUUUUUUGUUUAUGUUGGGAAGUCGUCGGAAAAUUCGGCUAUUUUGUGUGUGUGCCGCAAUGAAAAGCUGCUAAAAAGCUAAAUAUAAAAAUCAGCGCAGCGCGCGGCCGUCUGUCGUUGCAUUGUUUUCUAAGUGCAGUCAGUAGGCAGCAGCAAUUGAUGAGGAAAAAUUAUGUGAAGCAGAAACGCAGUUUUUGUUUGUGUGUAUGUGUAUGUACAUUGUGUGCUUCUGUAUGUGUAUUGUGCAAUGAAACUGGAAAACCAUUAUUAUUAAUGAAAACGCGUGAAAUGUGUAAGUGUAAUAAUAAAAAAUGAAAAUACAGAUGCGCUUCUUUUGAACUUUUACCAUUUACUUGAUUUCUUUUUGUUAAACGUUCCCCCCACUCUUUCGCAGACAACGAGAACAACAACGACAACGACCAACUCCUCCCACUUGUACGUGUUGUAGGGGUGAAGGGAGUUUGACUGCUGUGUCUGUGCGCUAGUGUGUGUGCGUGUGUGUUACUGCGUGCACGAUAAGGCUUGUAUUUGCGGGCAAUAUAUAAUUGAAUAUAUAUGCAGAGUAAAUGUCAAAGAAGACAACGCGUAAUAUGCACACACAUUAAUAAGAGCAAAAGGUCAAAAGUUAAGCUGAAAACAGGACCAAGACACCGUAAUGUUUUAAGUCAGCGACAGCAAUAAGAGAGCGAGAGAGAGAGAGAGAGAGAAAGAGAACGAGCGCAUGUUGGUGUGAGUGUAUACGAUAAGAACAAAGAGAAGAGCGAAGAGCACGAAAAACCCGUCUAAGAAACAGCAGCAGAGGAGGGCAAAACAAAAGACUGCUUAAAACUAAUAAACAAACAAAAGUAACUCAAAUAAUAACAACCACAAAAUAAAUACAAACCGAAAAUGUCGGCCGCGGAGCUUGAGACUGAAAGUUCCGCACAGGAGCAGCAAUCGAAACAACCACAACAACAACAACAAGAACAACAACAUAACGAACAUACAAGCAACAAUAACAGCACUGCCAAUGAUGCUGAAGCCAAUACCUUUGGCAUAGACCUAGAAGAAACCAUUGAGACUAUGACAUCAAGCAACAACUACAGCAUUGAUAUGGAGCAACAACAGCUGCAGCAUAAUAAUAUGCAGCAGCAUGCGCAAAUGCAACAGCAGCARCAACAACAUGCACAACAUGCACAGCAGGAGCAAGAACAACAGCUAGAGCAACAGGGCGAUAUGGGGUUGGGGAUGACACUGAUGCAAUCAUCGCCACCACCACACAGCUAUCGACACUCACGAGCCUAUCGCCACUUCAAGAACCCGCCGCAGCCCCACAUGUGUAUUCGCACCACCACUGAAACUGGCGAGGAGUUGUUUAUCAAUGUGCUAAGUUGGACACGUAUUGUCAUACCACAGGAGCCCAGUGAUCCAAUACCUUUGUAUGGAGGCAUGCGCGUGCCGCCUGGCAGCCCGCGCAGUCCACCAAUUGUGUUUGCCGUUAUGGCGAAUCCUGAAGUGCUCAAAGACUCUGGACGUCAUAGCAAGGAUCCAGAGGAACGACGCGCUAUGGUAGAGCUAAUGUGCGACUUUGUGGAGGCUAUGAAUCCUGGCGUGAAACUAGUCAGAAACGCCGUCAUACUCAAGGAUCGUGACAUUUCGGGCGAGCUUAAGGAUGUCUGGAAUGCUGUGCAGGCGCAGCGGGACCGUGAGCGUGAAGAGCAAAUGUUACAGCAGCGCCAACAGCAGCACUAUCAAAACAUCACUACGCAACAAAUGUUUCCCAAGUCACCGGAUGCAAUGCGUGCUGGAAGCGCUGCUCAGUCAAAUGCAUCGGAGAUCGGCUUGCCCCCAGCAUAUAAUGCCGAUCUUAUGACGACUGAUCAUGGGAAUGGCAUUACACUGGCCGUAUUUGCCCAGCAGUUGGAUAACAAGGUAGCCAGUGAACAGUCGGAUGAGCAGCAGCAGCAAGAGCAACAAGCGGGUAGCAACGAGUCAACGCCUGGCGAUUCUUGCGGUGAUCAAACGGAUGCGGGUGUCGUUGUUAAUGGCAACAGCGGAUCUCCAUCUGCUUCAGAGUCUCUAUCAACAGUCGAGCAAGUGACACAAGAGCCAGAGAGCAGAUCUGCUAAUACGACUACCAGCAAUGGUUGUAGUACUCCAACAAACUUGACAACAGCUCCAACGCCAAACGCUGCUGCUGUUCAGCCCACAGCUACACCUACGCCCACGCCCACGCCUCCCGCAACCACGCCACCUCCAGCAGCGCCAGUAAAGAAGGAGAAGCUUGGUGGCUUCUUGCCCAACGGUUGCAUAUUCCCGCGCUUCAAGAACAACAAACACAAGGAUAAGGAUGGCAAUCACAAGGAGAGCAAGAGCAAAGAGAAGACUCUGCUGAAUGCGCUGAAGAAAAGUAAGGAGAAGAAGGUGGCACCCAGCGAGCAAGCACCCAGUGACAAAACAGCCACGGACAAUGGCACCACACAGUACGAGAAGAACUGCAUCAACAAUCUCGAGUGCGAGGUGCAGAAACUCGACCUGAAUAGCAGCAACAACGACAACAAUAUGUUCAUCAAGCUGAAAGUGGCGCCCAGUGCAGCAUCGGCAGCGGCUGCUGUGGCCAAGUAGUUAAGUAUAUCUGAUAACAAUGAUCACAUAAAGUUUCAUAAGUAGGAAGAGUAAAGGAUAUCCGAGUAAACAGGCACGAUACGAGUAAUGAGUAGAGAGAGAACUACCUUUCGGGUAGCACUAGCACUUCACUAGCACCUAGGAGUAUUUAGAGUCGUGGACAUUUAAUAUAUACAAGAUUUACAUAAAUCAUACAUACACAUACAUAUAUAUAUAUAUAUAUGUAUACAAAGUACGUUUAUAUAUGAAUAUAUAUAUACAAUAUAUACCGUUGUAUCAGUCAAUUUUUGAAGGCAAAUCGACAGACUCUCAGUGUAAUAAUAUCUGAAAAAGAAAAAUAUAAUAUUGUGCCAUGCUCCAUUCAUACUCAAAUACAUAUAUGUACAUAUAUAUACAUAUCUAUAUGUAUGUAUAUAUAUGUAGCGCCCAAUUUGUCUGGGUUUGUCAUCCACAGUUUCUCCAUAAUUCUUCCCCGGCAUACGUAAAGAUUAACAAAUAUAAAAAUCAAGUAUUUAUAUAGUUCAAUAUUUGUAUGUUUCGCAUACAGUUUGCCUUAUAUACAAACCAAAUGAGAGAGAAACGGAAAAUAAAAGCAAAUAAGUAAAAUAGAGAACUUAAAUAUUAGGUCAUCAAACCAAUCAAUGGCAAUCGUAAAAAGAAACUCAUGCGCCAAAUUAUCAUCAGAAAUAUGUAGA